AUGGUGACUCCGCCCUCUGCGGCGAAUAAUCCGAAUAUUUGGAAAGCUAACACACCCCCUGGGACUGUUUUCAUUGUGGUGGGUCUUGCUGCACUUGCCAUGCUCUUUGCAAUACUCACAUGGUAUCUUGUCACUGAACAUAUAUCUCGCCGCGAGACUAAAAAGUCCCACUAUGAUUCCAUCGAAAAGGACUUCGAAGAUGAGUAUGCGAAUCCAUUCAUCAACGUGGAUAGGGCCCAGCCUGGUAUCACCCAAUACACUGAAUCAAAUCCUAAAUUACCGAUGGAUCCGCCUCCUUCUGUACCAUUCUUUGGCUUCACAGCUGUGAAUACUCCAGUUGAUAGAUUUGCAACUAUUGAAGAAGGCAAGCGUUUAGAUGGUCACCGCAGGUCUAUGUUUAUAUCUCCUACAAUUGAAGUGAUGAAUCAAAGACGAAGACAGAACCAAAAUAUUUAUGAAGUGAAUCAAUCAUUGUCAUCGUUCGAUACACAAUCUACUAGUAGGCACGACGCCAUUACUCCUGGCAUGUCUGCAACUUCAGAUAUACGGCGAAACUAUAAAUACAGCCGGGAAAGAUACGCUGCAAACGCAGCAGAGUCGUCAGAGAAAUCUCCAAAUAGUCUUUGA